AUGGCACCAGUCUUUGCCGACCGGCCGUUCGCGCCAAUCCCAACACCCAUGGUGAUACUGGCCAAGGGCGAAAAGCCUGACGAGUUCACGGUCCUGGCCACCGAGAUGGCCUGCGUCCACAACUUCCUCAUCCGUGGCCUCAACGCCAUUUACCUACAAGCACCACACAUCCGCACCCCAGCAGACCAGCACGCCUUCCUCAACUUUGCCCACCAGUGGUACCGGGGCCUGCACGUGCACCACACGGGCGAGGAGGAGCUCUUCUUCCCGAUGCUUGAGGCCCGCACGGGGAUCAAGGGCAUCAUGGACGGCAACGUUGCCCAGCACGCCCAGUUCGAGCGCGGGGUCGACGAGCUCGACGCGUACGUGCAGCGCUGCCUGCAGAACCCCUCUGCCUACGACGGCGACAAGAUCGUCGGCAUGAUCGACUCGUUCGGCGCCGUCCUGAGGCAGCACCUCGCCGACGAGAUCCCCACGCUGCUCGCCCUGCGCGAGCACGCAGACAAGCUCGCGGGCAUGUACAAGGAGUUCUCGGACGAAGGGGCCAAGCACAUGCAGACCCUGGGACUGUUCAAGGGCGCCGCGUGCGUCAUAGCCACCCACGACGUCGACUACGAAGGCGGGCUGCACAGGGGCUUCCCGCCCGCGCCAGCCGUCCUGGUCUGGCUGCUCCGGAAUGUCGCCUGGUGGGUGCACCGCGACUGGUGGCGGUUCGCGCCGUGCGAUCGGCACGGCAGGAUGAAGGACUUGUCGUGCAACAUCACUAAGGGUUCUUCAGCUGCUGCGGCUGCUGCGGCUGAGGUCAGGCAGGAGACUGUCAGUGUUGUGCGGAAGGGCGACUUGUAG